AUGAGGACUCCUGACGCGCCGAUGACCGUUAGAUGGCGCCACGGACCCCGGGCGCCGUCCCCGAGCCGUCUCCUCCCGCCAUUUCGCCAUCCCCAUCUCGCGCCUCUCUUUAUCCCCCGAUCAAUCGCGCGCGUAAGUGAUACGGUUUCUUUAAUCGUUUCCUUUCGUUGCCGCUCCACUACGUCGACUGCGUCGUUCGCGCGCCUCCGUAGACCGAAGAAUGAGGAAAACGAGUGGGAAACCGGACGAAGCGGCGACGGUUUACGUUACUCGUUCGCUAUGAAGAUGACUGUAGGGUCAGUAGAUCGAUUAAGGUGUCGGAUUUUCCGAUCGAGGCUACGGUCUGCACGCGCGGAACACAUUAUCCCAGGGAACGCAGCGAAAAUCCGAUCGUCGUGGGUGGCGGUUCUCUCAUCCGUCGGAAUUUCGGAGCUCGCUUUUUAA